GAAGAACGGUUGUUCACGCCACGUUCUUCGUCGACACAUUCGCCCGUAUCGCAACUUCUUCUUACUGAUCCGCAACACUGGUUGGUUUGUGAUGAUGAGAGAAUUUCCUACGUUCAAGACUUUUUAAGUGAUAACAUGAGACACAUUUUAAGCCAAAGUUCACCUCAACGUUUUUAAUCGUGACCAUUUAAUACAGUGAUUGUUGUCAUUAAGUGAAUCUAAUCACCACGAUAUAAAUACCCAGUGCGCGGUUGUGGUAUAACAACAUUUUUGGACAAUAACCAAAAUAUUAUACGAACAAUAUUUUAGUUCUGCUUGCUCCAAGUUUCAAAAGAAUUAUUGAAAAACAGGACAAUUUUUGAAAAGAGAAAAGUAACAAAAAUGUCGUAGUUUAAACCCCUCAGAACAACCUGAGUGGUGGAUGGACAAGACUGGAAGUCCGAAUUUGAAGGAGAAAAAAAACUUUUUACAUUUUAAAUCCGAACUGGAAUUACUCUGAGUUGUGAAUGUGACGGAAUUUUUGUUGUCACAGUUCAUUCUUUGCCCUGUGAGGAAAGGAUAUACAGUAAAGUCCCUCAAGAAAACGGAGAUACUAUGUGUACAAACUCCCUGGGGUUUCCAGCAAUGAAUGUUGCAUGAGAGAUGUGAUGUGACCAAGAUUUCCACAUCUCUUGUUUACUCUUGAGUUUUCGUUGGAUAAAUAAAUUGCUGUUUGACUGGACCCUGAUAAUGUGACACAGGUCUCGGACAUAUGCACCAAAUAAAUGGCUCAGCUUCGAUUCCAUUACAGAUUUUGACAACAAGAGUCACCAUCUUCUUUGUUGAUUGCUCCGCUUCUCAUGCACACGAAGAAUAACUCAAGCGACAAAAAGAUUAUAUAAAACAUUAUUUGAAAAAUCUGUGUACAAGUUAUGCGAGUUUGCAUUAUUAUAUUUGUUUCAUUUAUCGUUAAUCGAGUUCAAUUCCGUUCAAUUCUUCAAAUGAAAUUACUUCAGAGCAGAUUCAACUUAAACAGAGGACAUUCAAGUUGAAGGAGAAUAACGCGUGGUGGAAAUUGACAUUGAAAUUUAUUUAUUUGCCAAAUUGUAUGUUCAAAUGCUGCACAAAUUGAAUUGAAGGAUCUCUGGAUUCAAAUCUGUCUUAAAUUUCCUUAUAAAAAAGAACGUGUGUGAGGAAAAAGGUCCUGUGCAGUUGUACAAAUUGAAGUCACACAGCGUAGUGUAUUUCGAGGUAGGGAAAAAGCUGAUCUGAUUUCCGGAGGAUUUGAAAACGAAUGGGACAAAUUUAUGGUUUACGUGGUAUACAUAAAUUGUGUAAACGGGGAAAAGCUCCGAGGACAGAACGACACACACACACAUAGCCACAGAUUAUUAUUAUUCUACACAUAAAUACGGACACACGUAGCAAUUUUAAUUUAAAAAUUUAUUUGCAAAGAAAAAUACAUUUUUCCAAGGCAAGUGUUUUGUGAAAUUUGUGUUUGUUCAAGUUGAAGUGUUGAUUAAUUCCUGUCGAGUUGUAUUUAUAUUGCACGUUGCCCCUCCGAUAAAUCAAUAUUCGGUUGCCGAGAGCAGCUUUACUUUUACUUGUUCUCGUCAAUUAAAGGAAUUUGCAGAGAACAGGGCUCUCGAUUGUUCUUCUUCUUCUUGUUCGUACUGUAUAAAUAUAAAUUUAUUCCAUUUUUAGUUCUUGUAUUUUACCCGACCUUUGUGCGUAAUACGUGUUAGUGGAAUUGUCCCCAAUCAAAGAUUUGUGACCAGUGUUCUAGUUGUUGUUGGGGAGUUUACGAAACUAAAAGCGAAAAGUAAAGGGUAGACAUUUGACAUUGGAUUGGACAAGAUAAUGAAGAUUGAGGAAGGACGACAAACCAUGACAGAAUCGGAUCUGCAGUAGGGACAAUUAAUGUCUGGCGUAAAUAUUUGAUCUCGUCAACAAAGGAUUUGGGAGCGGACAGCGUCCCGUCAUUUCACAAAUGACAAAGAUGGACGGCGUUUCCCAUUUCAAAUUCUACCUUACCCUCCGCAGCCACAGCUUCCCCGUCCUCUUGAUAAUCUUGGGGUUGCUAAUUAGACCAGGCAGCUCGGGACCACCGUCGUCUUCUCCGUUAGCCCAGAUUGAUAUGCACGGUCCAUCAUCAUCAUCAUCAUCCGGUGGUGGUGGUGGAUUAGGUCUCGAGUCAGCCGUUCUAUCCCAAUUUGUCACCCUCAAUGAGACUUACGCCCUGAAACACUUGGCCCUAGACUCACUCUCUGGUCGAGUGUAUGUCGGCGCUAUCAAUCGACUGUAUGAACUGGACCCCAAUCUUCGGCUGGAAGCCACCGUGCCCACCGGACCCAAACUGGACAACCCCAACUGUCACGCCAGUGGGUGUGGAACGGACGCCGAGACCACGGAAGUGCUCCUCACUAAUAAUGUGAACAAAGUUCUGUUGGUGGACGGUGGCUCGAGGACACUGAUUAGCUGUGGCUCCGUGUCACAGGGGGCAUGCCACAAGUACAAUCUCACAAACAUCACCCUUCCUCCAGAGUUUGCGACUCAUGCGGUAGCAGCGAAUGACGAGGCUUCCUCCACGUUCGCGUUCGUUGGUCCGGCAAAGUACAACGCCUGGGCGACGCAGAACGUGCUAUACGUGGGAACAACAUUCACCAAUUUGGGAGACUAUCGCCACGACGUGCCGGCUAUCUCGAGUCGCAACUUGUACAACUUUGAUUAUGCCGAGUACUCUUUUGCGAAGCAGUCCAUGCUGAGAAUUGAUGUCAAAUACCGUGACCACUUUCUCGUCAAAUACGUUUACGGGUUCAACGCUUCUGAUUUUGCUUACUUUAUGAUUGUGCAAAAGCAGAGUUAUCUACACGGGUUUGAGGAACAAGGCUACGUUUCCAGACUUGCGAGAACAUGUAUCACGGACGCCAAUUACGACAGCUACACCGAGGUUACGCUCCAGUGUAAUGGAAAUGGAAAUGUCAACUUCAAUCUAGUGCAAGAUGCCAAGAUCAUUCCGGCCAGGGACGAUCUGGCUCGUAGCUUGGGAAUCAAGAAAGGUGAUUUAGUGUUGGUGGCUGUAUUUGCUCAAAGCAAAGGAAUCACGAAUGAACCGCAGCCGGAUUCUGCAGUUUGCAUUUACUCCAUGCAUGAUAUUGAGGCCAAAUUCACUGAAAAUAUUCACAUGUGUUUCAAUGGAAGUGUAGAAAAUCGAAAUAUGGAUUACAUUUCCGGACCCAUCCUGGAUGGAAAAUGCUAUGAACCUGGGGCUGCCGGAAACAUUCCUGAUUUUUGCGAUGUUGGUCUCAAAAUUUCUGGAGCGAUUCCAAUUGUUCGAACCGCAGCCAUCCGUUUCCAGGACGUUCUCCUCUCAUCGAUUGCCCUUGCUUCUACGGAGCAGCAUACUGUCGCUUUCGCAGGGACGAGCCAAGGAGUCAUUAAAAAGCUCCUGCUCUCGUCAGUGCACAGGGUGGACCAUUACGGAGACAUUGAGAUGGACCCAGGUUAUGCAAUCUUGCCGGACACAACGCUGGACCCGUCCGGCCGCUACAUUUACUCAAUCAGCAGUAACAAGGUUCUCAAAGCACGAGUUGAGCAAUGUGAGAUGCAUCAAAAUUGCAGCACUUGUCUCUCCUCGCAUGAUCCGUAUUGUGGAUGGUGUUCCCUGGAAAAAAGAUGCACGGUGCGAGCCGCAUGCAAAAAGGCGCUGUCAAGUUCACCUCGGUGGUUGGCGUUUGGAUCUGGCCAGGAAUGCAUUAGUUUCGAACGUGCUCAACCCGAUCGGAUUCCGAUUAACCAAGUUGGUUUGGUGAUGCUCGUGAUCCGACCUAACCUCCCUGCCGGAGCAAAAUACAAGUGCGUCUUUGGCUCCGCUCCACCAAUUGAUGCCGAAUUAAAGCCUCACGGUCUCGAGUGCAAAACGCCAUCUGUGAACUAUCGCCCUCUCAUUCCUGAGGACCAAGAUCACAUCCAAGUCGAUUUGGCCGUGCGGUCCUCCGAGACGAACAAGGAUUUUGUCAGCCGGGCUUUCUACUACUACAACUGCUCUCGUCACACAAGGUGCAGAUCCUGCGUCAAGGCUUCGUGGGGAUGUAAUUGGUGUUUGUAUGAAAACCGAUGUGUUCACGACACGACUGUUUGCAAUUCGUCCUCCAUCAUUAGCGGUGAAAAGGUCGCACUUCUUCACAUGAUGCAUCAGAACCCUGCACAAAUGGCGAAACAUGGUUCAGGAUUCUGCCCCCGUUUCCGCACCCCCAGCGAGCCUCUCCUCAUCCCAAACAAUGUGGCCAAACGAUUGAAGCUCGAAGUGGAGAAUCUCCCACGACAGGCAAACCAUGCCGACGUUCACUGUAUAAUUGUAAUCGAGGGAUCCACCGUCAAAGUUCCUGCUAAAAUUGACGCCAGCAGAUUUGUUCUCUGCGACGAGACUACGCUCUCCUACAAAUCUCAGCAAGGGGAGUACGAAGGGACGGUGACUGUGAUGUGGAAGCAGAACCAUCACUUGGAUACCAUGAAUUUCACUUUGUACAAAUGCGAGAUUCUUGGCUCCCACCGAAGCCAUCCCGACUGCUCUCUGUGCGUCACACCCAGCAAUUCCAAAUACAGAUGCACAUGGUGUGGCGAUACGUGCACGUUUCGCGACCAGUGUCUCAAGUCGGCAGUCCAAAUGUCCAAAUGUCCCAAACCUAGAAUUGAUGUGAUUAAACCACUGAGUGGACCAAUUGAAGGAGGAACGCUGCUUACGAUUGAGGGGUCGGACCUUGGUCUCAAACAAGAGGAUGUUCGAGGCAAGAUUCACAUUGGAAAUGUACCGUGCGAAUUAGUCGACUACCAGGUAUCCGUGAGAAUUGUGUGCAGAACUGGAAAAGUUGAUCGAGAAAUGGACAGUCCAAUCAAGGUUGGAAAUUCUGUGGGAUACACAAACUCUACGGUUUAUUUUAGCUAUAAGGACAUCCGAAUUAUUGGUGUGACUCCUAACAAAGGACCUCGAAGUGGAGGAACCCAGUUGACCAUAAUGGGUUCUCACUUGAAUAUUGGUUCCAGCGUUCGAGUGAACCUAAAAGAUUAUCCUUGCCAUGUGAACUCAACCCACUCUUCCAGCUCAAGAAUCACUUGUACGACUUCGCAAGCCAUCAUGAAUGAGACAGUGGGCAGACUUCAGGUCAUGGUAGACAACGCAGUCAGGGGUCUUCAGGAUGACAACUUAUUUCAGUACAUGCCCGACCCAACCAUUGUUGAAAUCAAACCAUUCAAAAGUUUUGUCUCUGGGGGUCGCAUGAUCACUGUGCAUGGGACGCAUUUGGAUGCUAUUCAAAGUCCUGAGAUGGUCGUGUACACUGACCAACAUUCCAAAACCAUGUCGAACAGAACGACAUGCACGGUCAUAAAUUCAAGCCAAAUGGAGUGCCCUUCACCCCCCAUAAACUCGGACUGGGAACAACAGUUGCUUAGCGGAGUCAGUGUAAACUAUGGAGCGUACACCGGAUCUCGGAGAAACACUAGAGCCACUGUAUCCGGAAGGCGAGCAGACAGAGGAGCAGAAAUUGCGAAACGAGUGGGCUUCGUUAUGGACAACGUAGAAUCAGUGCUGAAUCUGCAAAAUUAUCUUCCGGUGGACAAGUGUCAGUUGGUGUACGUCGAGGAUCCUGUCGUCUACCCAUUUCCAAAUCACUUGAAACCGUACAAGGGGGACACACUAGUCAUUGAGGGAGAGCACUUGAACGAAGCUUGCGACGAGACCGACGUGACCGUGUCAAUUGGUUCGCAAAAAUGCAAUGUGACCUCGUUAGCACAAAUGCAGUUAGUCUGCACUCCUCCAGAGUUUCAACCGCCUGGAAAUGAUGACCGGGGACUGCCCAUGGUGACCGUCAAGGUGGGCCAGUUUCUCAGGUUUCAAGUGGGCUACUUGCAGUAUGAGCUGAUGAAAACCAACAAUUUCCCUGUGGAAGCCUACUUUGUUGCUGCAAUCGCUGCAUUCAUACUUCUCAGCUUAUUUGCAUUCAUCGUCUUUGUUUACCGGAGAAAGUCAACACAAGCAGAAAGAGAGUACAAGAGAAUUCAGAUCCAAAUGGAUACGCUUGAGAGCAAUGUGAGAUCCGAGUGCAAGCAAGCGUUUGCUGAACUACAAACUGACAUGAGAGACUUGACUGUGGAUCUGGGAGCUGCUAUUCCAACGUUGGACCAUAAAAACUAUGUAAUGCGGUGCUUCUUCCCCGGCGUCACGGAACAUCCCAUCCUCCGUGAUCCAAAGAUGAGAAUCAAUGGAUCUGCUACAAAUUAUGAUGCAGCCAUGAGUCAAUUUGAACUUUUACUUAACAACAAAUACUUUCUUCUGACCUUUGUUGAGACUUUGGAAGGUCAAAGGUCUUUCAAACUUCGUGACAAGGUUAAUGUCGCAUCGCUAUUGAUGAUAAUCUUGAUGGGGAAAAUGGAAUAUGCGACCGACAUUCUUCAAAGUCUGCUACACAAACUUAUUAACAAAUCUGUCGGAUCCAAACAUCCUCAGCUUAUGUUGCGUCGUACAGAAACCGUUGUUGAGAAAAUGCUAUCAAACUGGAUGGCACUUUGCAUGUACAACUAUCUCAAGGACCACGUUGGACCAUCUUUAUUUUUGUUGUUUAAAGCGAUAAAGUAUCAAAUAGAGAAAGGCCCAGUGGAUUCUCUCACCCAUGAUGCACGUUACUCACUUUCUGAAGAACGACUUCUUCGGGAGCCCAUUGACUUCUCAGUUGUGACAAUUCAUUUGGUACAAGAGGAUCCUUAUUAUGAGAAAAUCCCGUAUCAAUCAUAUCAGACCUUCCAGGUUGUGCAAGAAGAAUUGGAUGAAAAGAUCCAGUGCAAAGUUUUGGACUGUGAUACAAUCACACAAGUCAAGUCCAAGAUUUUGGAUGCAUUGUAUAAAAAUACACACUUUAGUCUCCGUCCCUCUGUCCAUGAUCUCGACUUGGAAUGGAGACAUGGCCGCGGUGGACAUUUGACGCUUCAAGAUGAAGACUUGACCACAAGGGCGUCCAGCGGUUGGAAAAAGUUAAACACGCUUGCUCACUAUGGUAUCAAGGACUCUGCAGUUAUGUCCCUAGUCGCUCGUCCUAACGAUUCUUAUUCAAAUACGAUGAGUUUGUGCAAGAAGCCAUGCAACUAUCACACAUAUUCUGGAGCUUAUCUUAAUAGCAGUAUGUCCCCCAUGGUCGGAAAUGGUGUGAACAUGGGGAUGGGAAUGAACAUGACUUUGGGCAACUCGAACCACAGCAGUCGAGAUUGUCCAACCUACCAUCUCGUUAAACCUGUUGAGGACCACGUGUCUGGAAAGGACCAAAGAAUCAACGACAGGGAUCGGGCUCACAAAGCCAUCCCAGAAAUAUUUUUAACUCGUCUCCUCUCAACAAAGGGAACCAUUCAGAAAUUUGUUGAUGACUUUUUCGAUUCAAUAUUCUCAAUCAAUGACUCGAUCCCUCCUGCUAUAAAGUGGUUGUUUGAUCUCUUGGACGAAGCCGCGCGACGCCACAAUAUUGUUGAUCCUGAAGUUGUGCACGCAUGGAAGUCCAAUAGCUAUCCAUUGAGAUUCUGGAUCAACUUUAUUAAGAACCCCGACUUCAUUUUCGACGUUGAAAAGACGCCAACGGUGGAGGCGAGCUUAGGAGUGAUAAUGCAGACAAUGAUGGACUCUUGCGCCACGUCUGAGCAAAGACUUGGAAAAGACUCUCCGUCCAGCAAACUUUUAUUUGCCAAAGAUAUUCCACAUUAUCGAAACUUGGUUUCGAAAUUCUAUGCGGACAUUAAAAACUUACCACAAAUAUCGGACCAAGAGAUGAACUCUGCCAUGCAGCAACUUUCAAUGUCACAUAUUGCACACUUCGACCAUGCAGCAGCACUCAAAGAAUUGUACAUUUACGUUACGCAGUACAACAAUCAGAUUCUUGAGGCGUUAGAAAUGGAGCCAUACUGUAAGAAAAUGCAUUUGGCCCACCGUCUUGAAAACUGCGCAUGUACCCUCGAAGGGGAAGAAACAUCGCUUUGCUGACAAUUAAAUUCACCUCCGGUACCAGUGUCAUCCUCAUCUAACUGUGAUAGCCCCACAAACAACUACAUGUACCACACGCUUCUGCACAACAAUCAACACUCUUACUACAAGAACCACAGCCAAUCUUCACAACCUGGUUCUCUCCACCGUUCAACUGUGUCAAUGAAUAAGGGAAUCGAUCACCAUUACCCGACGCAGUUAACAAUGUACUCACAAUUGUACAACUAAAAAAUAAGAGUUAAAAAGCGUAUCGUAUUUUUACUUAUUAAAAAAGGAUGACACAAACGACACCACUGUAAAUAUUUACAGUGGUUUAUAGUACCGAAGGUGAAUUCAAACUUGAAUUUCGAAAUAUAUUUCUACGGAAUCCAUUGUAGCCAACGUCAUUGCACGUAUCAAACGUGAUGCGUGCAAUUUGUCCUAACUACUGUGCCUCAAUUACAUAGUGAUAGUCUCUCGAACGUUAAGAUGAUAUGAUAUUUCGACGAUAAGAUUCCUUGUGACGAAAUUGGAUAUUUAGUAGAAGAAGCAUAGUCUACAUAUAUAUAGCGAUUACGUAUUAAUAGUGAACUUAAGUGAGCUAUGUCUGUCAUCGUCAUUUAAGUAUUAUUACCUCGUCGACUCCCUUAAUUUUUCCUCAGUGUUAUAUUUUCUCGCCGUCCCAUCCAGAUUUUUAUUGCAACUUUAAUACUUGACAUAUUGUUUUUUUUCUAUUCCUCUCCUACAUAUAUGAUAAGUCGUUUAACUUUACUAUAUACCUCUCAAGGUGUGUAAGACUGAUGAGUCUUUUAUACAAUUACUUAUGGAUGUAGGAUGAUUAUUAUUAUACCGCAUACGGUUAUAACGUUUAUGUGCAGUACACUAUAGAGAGUAGUAGCAGUAAUAUUUGUCAUCUAGCUAAUCUAGCUAAUAAUCGUAUUAUUAUAAGUUUCAGCUCCUCCAGUCGUCUUUAUAUAUGGUAGAAAUUUAUGGCUUAAGGUAUUUUAUGUGCAUGUAAAAGGUAAAGGGUGCUGGAAAUGUUGAUUUUUGUGCAACAUGGGUUAUUUAUUAUCUAAUUCCCUGGAAUGUGUUGCACCCCAAAAACCAUUUUUUUUAAAUAGAAUUAUAAUUAGAUUAAUCAGUCGCAUUACAUCCGCAUUUAAGUGACUCGUAUUCUUUUUAGGUGUGUGGUACAUAAUAAUCAGUGGAUAUUAAUGACUAUAGAUAUUAAACGGGACGAAGGUACUACUUGUUGGCUACUGAUCAUUAUGAUACUGAUAAAUAUCCAACUCUUUGUUAAUUAACUACUAUCUGCUACAGUUUUUAUGAACUGCUAGUCUUUAUUAUUAUAAUAUUUAUUACGGCAUUAAAAUGUUGAAUGAAGUAUGAAA